CCCCGUCAGUGAGGGCACGGACCGGAUCCGACUGUGGGACGUCGGUAAACCGCACACACAUGACUAUCAGGGCAAAGGAGAGACAGUUACCUCACAGAGAGAGAAAAACGGACCCACAUCACAACUUUCAAGGCUUUCAACAAGGUCCCACAGCUGGGACUGGGGCUUCCCCUCCCACUGUGAACGGAGCUCGGGGACACACGGUGUCCUUACAUCCCGGGAUCCCAGUCGGACCGGACGUUCAUGAGGUUCUAUGGAGCCAGAUAUCAAAGAGAAAAAGGAUAGUGAAGUCUUCAAAUGGGACCAUUGAAUACUUUGGUGCUGAGGAGUGCAAGCGACGGAUAACUCUUCAUCCCGGGAACUUCAGUCUGGAAAUCCGUGACCUGCAGAGAGGGGACGCUGGUGAAUAUGAGGUGACUGUUACAGCAGGUUCGGGAGCUGAGAAUAAAACGACAGUGCGACUGGAGGUGUCCGCUGGGACUGGGGCUCCCCCUCCCACUGUGAACGGAGCUCUGGGACACUCGGUCUCCUUACCUCCCGGGAUCCCAGUCGGACCGGACGUUCGUGAGGUUGAGUGGAGACGGACAUCACCCAGAACCAGGAUAGUGAAGUCCUCAAAUGGGACCAUUGAAUACUUUGGUUCUGAGGAGUACAAGCGACGGGUAACUCUUCAUCCCGGGAACUUCAGUCUGGAAAUCCGUGAUCUGCGGAGAGAGGACGCUGGUGAAUAUGAGGUGACUGUUACAACAGGUUCAGGAGCUGAGAAUAAUAUGACAGUGCGACUGGAGGUGUCAGUCUGUUGGAAGAGUGAGCACAGUGAGAGUUUGGAGAUGUUUGUUUUAUUUAUCAAAGAGAUGAUGGGUCUGAACGCCCAGAGCCCCUGUGGAGGUCGGGAGCUGCUGUCAAGGUGUGAUGAGCUGGUCCUCACAGUGAACGUGUUUGGUCAAAUGCUGCAUCAGAUGGCGGCAGGAUGUGGUUGA